UUGGCUUUAGUGUGAUGUGAAUGGAAUAGAAUCAGCAGCACAGAGCAAGAGGGAGGAAGACAACACAAAUCAACCUGCCUCUUGACUUAGCAAACAGAAAAGAGGCACACAAACUGGGAAGUGUGUUAUUGUUUGCUGUUUAUUUCGGGACAAAGGAAGAGCGCAGCAGACAGGAGGAACUAGCUGAGGAGGAGGAGGAGGAGGAGGAGGAGGUGAGCGAGCCAGAGCGUGGAGAUAGAUAGCAGAAAAAUGCUGCCGGGUAGAGAAGGGGAGGGAGUCGGCAGAGAGGAAGAGGAUGAAACAAGGCCGGGUCGAGCGGAGCUGAAAUGGAGGCACUAAAGAGUCAGUGGUUGCCAUGUUGGGUGUGCAGACAGCGCCUCAUCUAAGAGGAAAGAGAGCUGGGCCACAGUGAUGGUCAUCUGUGUUCCGCAGGAAGCGGAACUUCGCAACUCCCGGAUCACUCCCAUAACCCACAACUGCACGCCUGGAUGAAACUCUGCAGAGAGAUUCUCUUUGCACCAAUCUUUACCUUUCACACUCCCAUGUGUGUAUGUGUUUAAACGUUUUGACAAGAGAUUAAAAGUGUUGCGCUCACUCAGUGGAGGCUCUCCAUCUGGAUAAUAAUACAUUGGAUCAGAGGCGGUUUCCCAGGCAAAAUGCAGUCCGAUGACCUAUUUGUUCGUAAGUUUAGGCGGCAGAAUGUACGGCCGCCUGUCGCCACUGUCAACUUCGAUCCCAAACGGGAAGUGGGUGUGGUAGAGUGGCCACCCAGACGGGAGGGUGAUGGGUCAGAUGGAGACAACCUGACCCCAAGUCGAGCCUGUCUGACCCUACGGGCGGUCGGCCGAGGCCACAUCAUGCAGAGGAGUAACAGUGAUGUGACUUUAGGAGACUUGGACUCUGGUGGGAAGGCUGGUGGGAAAGCAACGCGGGUGGUCUGUGAGAAGGUGGGCUUGGGGGCUCAGGGAGAGUCAGUUGUGCUGCUGCACAGAGAAUAUGGCAGCUUGUCAUCACUGGAGAGACAGACUCAAGUCCAAGAGUUAGGAACUGCGAACCAGGGGCCCCUGAGCCCUAAUGCCCUCCGCUUUAAAGACCCCUUUCUGCUUUUAGGACUGCAAGGCAACCCUCCAGAGCCUGAUGGGUUCUUUCGAGGUCUCUAUUCUGCACUGGGGGACUCGCCAAAGCCUGCCAAGCCUCCCAAGCCUGAAGGACUGAUUAAAAAGUCCAAACCUGUGCCCCCUCAAAUCCCUCAGCUUGGUCCCAGUGACAACAUCGGCGCUUGGGUGAGGAACUUUGCACAUUAUGACGUCCAGAGCAUCCUGUUUGACCUCACAGAGGCAGCCUCUAACAGAGACAGUAUUGGACGCAAAAAGAACAUCACCUCGGGGGCGUCCGCCGCUUCUCAAAUGCGGCCCCUUUCUCAGGCCACGCCUUCCUCACCUGCACAAGGUGGAGUUGGCAAUGGGGGAGUUGUGGAUGACCCUGAACAGUCGUUGCUGCUGGAUGAAGGUGACGGCAACGACAACGAGCUUCUUCUCAGUUGCCCCCACUUCCGAAAUGAGACAGGGGGAGAAGAGCAGGUGGGCCUGGGCCGAUUCCCAGCAAGGCGGGGUUUUUGGUUGAGUCCGCGUACCCCCAACGAUGCUGUUUCGGUCCUGGAGGAGCCCAGAGAAAGUCAUGUCCAGCAGCAGGGAAAAAGCAACUACUUUAUAGAGCAUGCAGAUCUGGGAGCGCAUUACUAUCGUAAAUAUUUCUACAUGAAAGAACAUCAGAAUUUCUUUGGCAUGGAUGAUCGCCUCGGCCCGGUGGCCAUCAGUUUCCGCAGAGAGGAGAAAGAAGGCACAAGCGGAGCUCAGUACAAUUACAGAAUCAUCUUUCGCACCACAGAGAUGAAAACGCCACGAGGUUCCAUCUUAGAGGAGUCUGUACCCUCUGCUGCACGUCACACAACCCCACGAGGCUUGUCUCCAAAGAGGCUGCUGGAGUUUAUCAUGCCCGAACUUAACCUGCACUGCCUCCGCUUAGCCUCUAACUCCCCCAAAGUCCGCGACACCUUGCUGAAGCUGGAUGAACAGGGGCUGAAUUUCCAGCGAAAGGUUGGCGUGAUGUACUGCCGGGCAGGACAGAGCUCCGAGGAGGACAUGUACAAUAAUGAGAGCUCUGGCCCAGCGUUUGAGGAGUUUUUGGAGCUGCUUGGGGACCGCGUGAGACUGAAGGGUUGGGAGAAAUACAGAGCUCAGCUGGACAACAAAACCGACUCAACAGGGACACAUUCUCUCUACACACGCUACCAAGACUAUGAGAUAAUGUUCCACGUGUCCACUAUGCUGCCCUACACAGCCAACAACACCCAACAGUUGCUGAGGAAACGACACAUUGGCAACGACAUUGUGACCAUCGUGUUCCAGGAGCCUGGCGCAUUGCCCUUCACUCCCAAGUCUAUACGCUCCCACUUCCAGCACGUCUUCAUCAUCGUUCAGGUUCAUGAGCCCUGUACCAACAACACCUAUUACAGGGUGGCCGUGACACGCUCUAAAGACAUGCCAUUAUUCGGCCCGCUGUUCCCUAAGGGUGCCCGCUUCCCUCGCUCGCCUGCCUUCAGAGACUUCCUCCUGGCCAAGGCAGUAAAUGCAGAGAAUGCAGCAGAGAAGUCUGAGAAGUUUCGCUCCAUGGCCACCCGCACGCGACAGGAGUACCUGAAAGACCUGGCGGAAAACUAUGUGACCACGACGCCCAUCGACUCCUAUACCAAAUUCCCGCUGCUCUCCCUGGGAGGCAAGCGCAAAGACAAGCUGAAGGGCGCCAAAGGGGCAGAACUGCACAGCGCUGGAGCGCUGGUGUGGGCUGUGAUGGUCGACAGCGCGGAUGAAAGCGAGGGAGAACACAAACUGCCCUGUCUGCUGGGCGUCUCGGCCGAGUCAGUGGUGCUCAUAGAGAGGUACUCACGCAGGGUGGUGUUUAAUUGCUCCUGCAGGGACGUCAUCGGCUGGAAGGCGGUGACGGAAACUAAAGCAGGGGGGCCCUGCUUGGACAUUUUCUAUGAGCGUGGCGAGUCGGUGUCGAUUAGUGUGUUGGAGACCCAGGCUGAGGAUUUGAAAGAGGUGGUGCAGAGGCUUGAGUUGGUUACCCGAGGGUGCGAGGCUCUGGAGGUCACCCCCCUACGUGAUGGCGUGGGUCAACCCGGCUUUCUGAUGAACGAGGAGGGCUUUGUGACGGAGCUGCAGCGAUUCUGUUAUGCAGAGAGCGGCGGCCUACAGCUGUGGGCCCGCGUGGUGCGCCUGUGCGGACAUUCCCUGGUACACCUCAGAUCAGAGGAGAGGACCCGGUUGCUCCGCACGGCACACAAGAUCCACAUCACUGUCAUCCCACCCGACGAGAAUGGCAAGCCACGCAGGAGCUUCUCUGAACUUUACCAGAAAGCAAUCAAGGAUGCAGAGUGUAAGCCGGGUGAGGACCUGUCCAGUGAGGCCUGGGUGCUGGACGAGAGGGAGGAAGAGGAGGAUAGAGAGGUGAAGGCGGAUGGUGUCACUGAAGUAGACGUUACAGAGGUCCAGGUGGCGAGCGACGAGGCAGCCGAGCAUCGAGAGCAAAGUGAAAAGGAGGACAGAGGGUCUCUCCUGACACCGCCAAGUUUACCUUUGUUACGAGCCACUUCCCUGCAGGAUCAAAGGUCUGAUCAGGACCAGGAGAGCUCACAGCUAACACGCAGCAUCUCUUUAGAAAGACACUCAUCUUACGGAGAGACCUGUGAGGGUCAUGCGUAUUGCAACGUGGGCUUGAAGGACGACCACCACAUCUAUGAGAAUGUUGGAGUGCUUAGAGAUGCUACACCUGAUCUAAUACUGGCAGUCCAACCCAAAGUUCCACUAGACGACGAACAGUUCAUGGCAGCCGACUUUGGAGAGGACAAAGCUUCAGCUAGUGACUCGUCCCUCUCCUCCUUUCGGCUGUCUUGUCUGGACCGCGCUGAGAGGAAUUCACGAGCCUUAAGUCUUCACAAUUCAAUCACCAAGAUUCUCUCCGAGACGACGGAUUCCACAGAAGAAGAGUGGCAGUCCAUCGCUGACCUGGCCACAGCCUGCCGCAGCAUCCUGGAGGCUUUGUCAUGCGAGGAUCGUAAAGCUGGAGACCAGUCGGGAGUGGAUCAGACGGAUGGCAAGCUGAACAUAAAGGAGAGUGACUCUCCAGGCCACUUGGAGGAUAAGGUGUCACAGCUAGAGACCAUGCUUAAGAAGCUGCAGGAUGACCUGCAAAAGGAGAAGGAGGACAAGGCGGUGCUGCAGGCCGAGGUGCAGAGCCUGCGGCAGAACAACCAGCGGCUGCAGGAAGAGUCGCAGAGCACGGUGGCACGCCUCAUCAAAGUCACUGAGCUGCUGUGCAACGUCAACAAGCCCUGUUAGCACCCGGUCGCGCGCUCCUUCCAGCGGCAGAAUGAUGCAAAUUGUGCGCGCUUUCCUCAAACAUAUCCUCCAUAAGCAGUGAAUAAUGGGCCUGUAUGCAAAUUGACCACUUAGAACAUGAUGACAUUCCCUUACAAGUCUGCACCUCUGGCAGAUGGAAUGCUUCUCUUGAAAUGUGUGUGUGCGUGUGUGUUAGCCACAUGUGUGUGUGUGUGUGUGUGUGUGCAUCUCCUACUGUACUUUGCUUCAAAUACUUGAUAAGCUGGGCUGAACGGCACUUGCAUAUUAUGUGGCAGUUUAGAGAGAGAGUGUACACCAAAUAGCAUGUUUAUCUGAAGAAUGACCAAAAGUGUGCACAUUUAAUUAGUAGAAUCGAAUGCAUACUGAAUGCGUGUGUGUUCAUAUUGUAUACCACGACUUAGAUGUGAAGUAGCGAUGCUAUGCGGAAGGUCUUAAAACAACAGAAAAUGUUAAAAAAUUUAGAAUGUAAAAAGAGGCCCUAAGGCAAGAAUCUAUUUGCUUCUCAGUAGUACUCUACCCACGUUUUAUAGAAGGGAUGCUCUCAAUAAUCCCUUCAUUAAUGGAAGAGAAGAAGCAAAAGCUAUUAAACUGAGCCUGUGUGUGAGUGUGUGUAUACUGAAAAGGUGUUAUACCUCCCUUGAAGACACAAUGACAGAAAAGAAGCGCUUCCUUUUACAACUUUCCUCUAACCUCACUCAAUAUUGUAGCAGCCAUACUGUAGAAGUCCUCCUGCAGGCCUCAACGUGCCAAACGGCAGCUUUUUAAAGCUUUAGGUGUCCACAUGAAACACCUCAAUGUGGCAAACAAUAUCUGACUAUGUUGUACUAAAGUGUGUUUUGUGACCACUGGAGGUAAUAUGGCUUUUGAGUGGUUGCAGUGAGAGGACAUCUUCCCAUUUUGAUGUGUUUUAUGUGUGUGUGUGUGUGUGUGUGUGUGUGUGUGUUUAUCUUGCACUUUUCUUGGGGUUAAAUCAUUGGACAGGCACGUAUUGAAUUUUUAUUUAUCCUACCUUACCUCAACUUUUUUGUGCCCCAUUGCUAAAGGCCCCGCUAGGGGUGUGUUUAAAAAAAAAAAAAAAAGAUGGACUGCUUCUCCUCAGUGCCAACAAACGCCCAGGCAGCUCUUCAGAGUUCCAAGACCUUCUUUAGAGUGGAUGCCCCACGUCCACUCAAGACUGUCAACGCUCUUGUUUGGUGUACAGACUUCCUCUUGUAAUGUUAUUUUAGAGUCACUGUGAAUACCUGCUACCAGCAUAUUGAGAUACAGUAUUUACAGAUGAAAUUAUCAUCUUUAUUAUCAGUAAGCGAAAAUACUCUGUACAGCUCCUGUUAUUUGGGCAGAUUGAUUAUGGAUCAGAUAUCAUCUCCGACAUGCUGAUGCCUCCAGACUGAACUUUCGAUGUGAGAAGAUCUGUUCUGCCGUGUCACGUAUUGUCGUUUGAUUGUAGAAGGUCAAGCAUGAGAAUGUGCCAAGCAACAUCCAAACAUCCCCUAGUGUGUGUUUGUGUGUGUGUGUGUGUGCGCGCGCGUGUGUAUGAGUGCGUGUAACUUAUUAAUCAUGCAAAUGUGGAUUUUCUUGUAGCUGUUGGAACUGCAGAUAAGGUGUGUGGGAACAAAGGCAGAAGACUUUGUUUUAUUACAGAAAGCCAGCAGUGAUAGAAUAAUAUCUGUAUAAGGUCUUAAAACACCAUUAGGUACGCCUUAAUGAACAAGAUCCUGGCAGGACGGUCAAAGUGAGACUUCUCUUGACUUUGUGCCUACCUGAAAAUGUAAUGCCUGUUAACCCAGCUCACUUUCCUCAUACAUGGUUGCACUGACUUGCGGUUUCCACUGGCGGAUGAACAUAUCAUCUGGUCUUGCAUCUGCUGUGUGAACAAAAUGAAAGACCUGAGUUAAUGUCGAUGAUAAUGUGUGUUGUUGGCGGUCCCAGCUGAGGCUUUGCGGCGAGAAUUGUAAGUGGAUCAGUCAGACUAUUAUAGGGUUUUUAAACCUGAAUUAAAGAAGAAAAGGGUGCUUAAUGUGACUGAUGAUGAAUUGGAAUAACAGAACUGAAUGUCCUGAUGUCCUUUUAUUUCUCCUGAAGAAAUAAAUAAUAUCAGUAUAUUUUAGUAUAUCAAGGUUAAAAAAAAUAAAGAAGUUGGGUUAAGAUGAAAAACAGGAGAGAAAUUACAUAUUUUGCUUUUGGCUAUGUUAUACAGUGCAUCCGUAUUGUUAAGAUGCAGUACUUCACUUUUUCCACAUUUUGUUAUGUUACAGCCUUAUCCCAAAAUCUAAUACAUUUAUUUCAGUCCUCAACAUUCUACACACAGUACACCAUAAUGACCAUGUAAAACGUUUAUUUUUUUUUCCGAAAUAUUUCCAAAUUAAUUGGUAAAAAAAAAAAAAUAUCACAUGUCCAUAAGUAUUCAGAGAUUUUUCCGUAAAGCUCAAAAGUGAGAUUGGGGGCAUCCUGUUUCAACUGAUCAUCCUUGAGAUGUUCCUACAGCUUACUUGGUGUCUCUCUGUUGUAAAUUCAGUUGGUUGGACGUGAUUUGGAAAGGUACAAACCUGUAGGUCCCACACGUUUGCAGUGCAUGGCAGAGCACAAACCAAGCAUGAAGUCGAAGGAAUUGUCUAUAGACCUCCGAUACAGGAUUGUGUCGAGCCAUAAAUCUGGGGAAGAGCAAAGAAAAAUAUCUGCCAAUAAGCACAGUGGUCUCCAUCAUCUGUAAAUAGAAGAAGUUCGGAACCCCCAGGACUCUUCCUAGAUAUGGCCGGCCGUCUAAACUGAGUGAUCGGGGGAGAAGCACCCUUGUCAGGUAGGUGACCAAGAACCCGAUGGUCACUCUGUCAGUGUUCAAGGUUCAAACUGUUACAGCCUUCCUCUGUGUAGAGAAGAGAACUUUCCAGAAGGACAACCAUCUCUGCAGCAAUCUACCAAUCAGGCCUGUAUGGUAGAGUGGCCAGACGGGAGCCAUUCCAUCGUAAACGUUUGCCAAAAUGCACCUGAAAGACCCUUCGACCAUGACAAAACAAAAUUAUCUGGUCUGAUAAGACAAAGAUUAAACUGGUUUGAAUGCCAAA